CAAGACGGUUUUCCCGAGAAGACGAGAAGAGUUGAAUACAGACAUGAAGUUGCGGCGAGGGACGCAAGAUUGGCUGAAAGGACGAAGCGGUGAGAGAUGAUGGGAUUGAUAACGGACCGACCUCAGUAUAUGUAUAGACAUGCCGGCCGUCAUCAUCAUCAUCGUGUCAAUGAGAACAUCCGGAACCUUUUCACACAGAAAGGCCUCAGGUACCGCUGUGAGGGCUGCUGCUUGAUUUGAAGCAGUCUUGAAGAUGUGCGAGAACGCGCCAGGCGACCGAUGGGAUAACUUGAUGGUUUGGCUCAAGAAACAGGGCGCGGAGACGACAGACCUCGCUGUCGAGUGCAGAAAGACACAGUCAUCUGGAUACGGCUUAUUUGCUCGAAGAUCCUAUCCUCCUGGCAGCCUCCUUUUCUCUAUCCCAGCCAAGGCCAUGAUCAAUGUAACGACCCUCAGGCCACACUACCCACCAAAGGCCGUUCAGGCGCUCACUGGCAUCCAACUCGUUUCUAUGCAUCUAUUCUUAUGGCGUCCUAAGGGAGAUAACGAAGACAGCGAGGACCCGUUGUUUGGGCCGUACAUUUCAACCCUUCCCAGAGAGUUUGGUAGUCACCCUCUGACGUGGAUGGUCCAGUCCAAACACCAGGGCACCGCUUGCCAAGACGACCAUCUACUACGCUGGCUUCCACCGAGUGUUUCAUCCACAUUGGACUGUCUUCAUCAUCGAUUUACGACCGACUGGUCCAAAGUACAUUCUGUUAUGAUACAACCUCUCAUGUCUACAAAAUUAAGGGGGCCACCGGCUGGUGUCGAUGACGUUAGGGCUGUCAUGGAUUUUCUAUGGGCGUGGCUAAAUGUCAACACCCGAUGCAUAUAUUAUCGCCUCAAUUCUUCGAAAUCGAACCCUGACAACUUCACACUGUGUCCAAUCCUCGAUUUCGCCAACCACAGCUCUUGUACGUCGAACAUGCGCCCUGGUCCAACAAAUGCGGAUAUCUGGAAUUCUGCUCCGGUCCCCUCCAUAGGCGAAGGGCUUCGCUUUUUUGCAUGUGAUCACGCAAAAAUCCAGGAUGACGAUGAAAUCAUGUUAACCUAUGGUUGUCAUUCUAACAAGACGCUUUUCGCGGAGUAUGGCUUUGUGAAUGGCCCUCGUGACGUUGCAACACCAGCCUGCGGUGAAGUAGACGUACAGGAUGUCGUGGAAGAAAGCAUUUACAGGGAUCAAAGUCGGAGUCGUGCUAUCAAGGACCUGCUUGUCAGUGAAGGGCACUGGGGUGACUGUGUUCUUUUCUCAACACCAGAUUCCGCCCAGGUAUCCUGGCCGUUGAUCGCAGCAUUGCGUUUGCACCAUUUGAUGGGCACAGCAAUCGAGAUCGACAGUGACAUAGAGCUGUGGCGAGACGUCAUCGCAGGCAGGCGAGAGCUUGUAUCGGAUGAUAACGAGCAAUCAUGCAGGGACUCCAUCCUCCACAUAUGCGACGAAGUUAUUGGCAGAGCACAGCGGGUGCUCGAGAUGAAUAUCGGGCAAUCACUCGAGCGGCAGUACAUACGGUCUUUGUGGGCAGAAGAGCUGUUCGUGGCUCGAGCUGUCAAAGAAAGCGUUUACAGGGGUGAUGCAUUUUGACGUUUUCAUCUCCAGCCUUUGUGUGACAUUCCUGUCAGUGCCGUUGUUAGCGCUUGCAAGGUAGAACAUCGCGAAACGAUUGUUUGCCUCACCACGAUGCGGGAGCUUCUGUGUGGAAGCUAUUGGCAGUCAAGGAGAUCUAUUGCAUCCAUGUUAGUGCAAUGGAUGAGCUCAUACCUUUGACCGAAUCUGUGUUAUUAGUUUAUUGCACGUUGAUUGCACCGCAGAGUACAGGAAAUGAGGGGCACAGCCA